CAAAAUAUUUACAAAAUCACAAAAUGGCGAAAUCGCUUCAGUCGUGUACAUUUAUCUCCCGCAUUGCCGUGUUGUUUAGUGUGUUACCAGAGAGGAGCCCUGAGUGAGCCCGACAGACGAUUAUUACCGCGAUCAGUUAGCGAAUCGACGAAAAAUGGACGAAAUAAGUGAAAAAACGGUCGAAGAAAUGGCAAUUUUAAAAUCGGUCGACGCUGUCUCCCAGAAAGAUGGCGUCCAAAAGAAAGGCGCGCGCGCCACGCACCCUACCGACCAAUCGGCGAAGAUGAUCGACGGCGAUGCGACGGCGCCGAGACGCCGACGUACGAGACGCGGGAAAUCCAAACGUAAAGCCCCCUAUCAAAAGUACGGGAACCGCAAGUCUCACGUAAAAAUGUUGAAGCCGAGAAUCGUAAAACCGGAGGCGCCCCACAAUGAUAACCAGUUCUUGCUUGAGGAUCAUGGUGGGUUCGAGGAGCUCGACGAACGUCUCAAAAACAUCGAUCAAGCUUCGACUUCUUCAAUCACUCGCACUAGAGAUUCAAGUUUCAGUGUGGACUCUGAUGGAGAAGAGUUUUACUCAUCCCCAGAUGAUGAAGAUGAAUUCCUUAUGCAAGACUUUAAUGACCAGUAUAAGAGUAUUCAAACAGAACAGUUACAAACCAUGUCAAAACAAGAACUUAUAGAAGAGUAUCUUGCUUUAGACAACCGCACUUCUCAGAAGAAUAAAGACCUUGAGGAAUCCAUUUUAAAGCUAAAAGAGGAGCUGGAUAAGCAAAUUAAAGAAAAGGAACAAUUGAGGCAGGAGAAUGAACUGUUACGAAAGAAGCUGGAGCAGGGCCAAGAAAACUCAGACUCUGAGGAUUCAGACUCAGAUUCUAGUGACUCAUGCAGUUCUAGCAGCACUUCCUUAAACAGUAGUGGAUCAGAAAGGUCACGGAGUCCCAUUCAAAACAACAAGGACUAUGGUUAUACCAAUGGACACACUUCACCACCACAGAGAGUUGAUGCUGUGUAAGUUUUUAAUGUUUGUGGGUGCUGUAUUUGAUUUUUUUUUUGUCAAGAAUUGUAAUUACAUAAAUGUAAACAGAACUGGAAACUAGUGUUUAAAAAAGCUAUUUAGUUUAUGUUUUGCUAAAUAUAAAGCAGGGAUUGCUCAGAUUACAGUUCUGGCAGUAAAGGCAGGGUAUUUAUUGAUGUAAUUCUAAAAAUUAUGCUAACAUUUCUUAUGAAAAUAUUGUGGUUUAAUUCUACAAUAUUCAAUAAUGUUGAAGUAUUAAUAUCAAUUUAAAUUUGUAUUGUUUUCUGUUUUAUGCUGGUUUUAAGUUCUAAAUGUAUUAUCAUUUGGAUUUAAAGGUUUACCCAGGGUGUACAUAAACCAUAAAAUUGGUGUUCACAGUUGAAUUUCCAAGUUACAAUGAAAUGCAAUCCAUAAAAUAAAAUUACCAAUAUAACAUAUACCUAAUCCAGAAAAAAAUAUUUCUAUAUCAUUUUCCAUCCUUAUUUUGUUUUAUAACAGAUGAAAAGAAAUACGAACAAGGGAAUGAAGUGUGAGAAUAGCACAAAAAUAUUAUUUAAGAAAUUAGAAUGUCUAGUGAAUCCAUUAUUGCAUAGGUAUAUUAAUUCUAAACUGAAAUCUACUGUGAACUCCCAACUGGAAUUAAAUUCUUAUAAAGCAGUAGUAAAAACUUGAUAUAGUAAUGUAGUAUUUAAUGGUUUAUGAUUUCAGAUGUGCUGUAAUGGUUACCUUGUCAUUGUUAAGCCUUUCUUUUUCAAUUUUCAGUUUUAUCUCUAACUUGACUUAAAUUGGAACUUGAGAAUGCUACAGAUUUAGUGAUUUAAAACAGGAGAUUAAUUAAAUAAAUAAAUAUUAAAUUUGCUACACCCAAGUUAUUAUGAUUUUUUUUAUUUUUUAUAUUUCAAGUUGGAUACCUUAAUCCCACUUAACUUUAUGUGCUCUCUGCAACUAUAUUAAUUUUUCAGAAAAAAAUUAUUAAUGAAAAUAGGAAUAAAAUGAAUGUUUAAUUUUUUUUUGUUUAUUUAAAUUAAGUUAAAUGAGCAAAAAAAAUGUGGCUUAUUUAAAUUUAUACCAGUGAAACCAAAUUAUCUAAAAAAAAUGAAUUCCAUAAAAGUAAUUCUUCUCAAUUGCCCUGUAUUAUAUUAGUGAAUGGCACUCUGCUUAUUUUGUUAAUAUUUAUUAAUAGCACUCAAAUGUUUCAAUAUUAAUAUGUAAAGAAGUUGUAGUUAUAAUUAAAAUAUGCAUUUUUCAUUCUAUGGAAAGUUUUUUUGUAAUAAUUACUAAUUGUAGUAUAUAUAAUGAGAUUUAUUCCAAGAAUAAUCCAUUUUUUUUUUUGUAAAAUUUCUCUCUGAAGUGAAAACAUUUUGGGGCCCCCAACUGCAAAAAAAAAGUUGUACAUUGUUGAUAAAAAUGUGAUCUCAUAUAAUUUAAUGUUUUAUACGAAUUUUUAUAUUACGUUAAGUGAAAAAAUAAAAAUGGUAAACCAGAAUGUUUUCAUUAUAAGUUAUUAUAGGGUAUAUUGUUUUGUAUUUUUUUUUUUUGAGUUAGGUACUUAUAUUUAACAUAUUUGGAAGUUAAAUAAUAUAAUAAAAGUUUACCGUAGGUUAAA